GAGGACACUGGGACUGCCAAGGCGGAAGUAGCGCGGACGCGUGGGCGGGGCUAGACGCCGGCAUGUCGGCUGCCUUGCUGCGCCGGGGCCUGGAGCUGGUGGCGGCGUCCGAGGCCCCCGGGGUUGGGCCAGGCCAGGCCAAGCCAAGCGGGGCUCCGUCGAAGCGGUCUCGGAAGACAAAGGCGACUCAGGCCCAGAAACUGCGAAACUCAGCCAAGGGAAAGGUGCCCAAGUCGGCUCUGGCCGAGUAUCAGAAGCAGGAGUGUCAAGACCACCUGAAAGCAAACCUGAAGUUUAUGACCAGCAUGAAGAGCACCAUGGACGAGGCCAUGACCCGGCAGAUUCUGCGACAGAACCGGGGCCGCAAGGCCUGUGACCGGCCUGUGUCCAAGACGAAGAAGAAGAAGAAGGCUGAGGGCACCGUGUUCACUGAAGAGGACUUCCAGAAGUUCCAGCAGGAGUAUUUCGGCAGCUAGGCUCCCUGGGCACACAGUGGGCACUCCUGCCCCAGCCUCCAGCCUCCUUGGACCUGGCUGCCUCUGCUGGCCUCAGGACCACCGUGCCAUGCACAGGGCGGCCAGCAGAUGGCGAUGCAGCACUAGCUUGGCUCAGAGAAGCCCCGGGACUGGAGUCUCCUGGAGACUGGAAGGGAGCUGGUGAGCUGGAAACGCCAGGGAGGGCUGUUACUCACAUGAGCUAACAUGCAGCCGUGGAGGGAGCCAGCUGGACCUCCAGAAAGAAGCACUGCUGACUGUUUUGUUUGCUUUUACCCUGGGAGCCGGGCACGGAGGAGCUGGCUGGCUGCUGUGAACCAGGCCAGUUCCUGGGCCUGCGGGGCCACACAUCGAGGAGUUGGAAGGUGACUGCUGUGUGGAUUUCUGGACUCUAAUAAAUGGGGACCCAAGGGG